AUGGACCAAUGCAGCGCAGACAAACUGUUGCAAGAUGACUCAAGCGGAAAGAUCAUACAAGAGAAGUUGGAACGUGUCGUAGAGGAAAAGAGCGUAGUCACAAUGAAGAUGAAUCACCAUCCAGCGAAAGCGAGGAUAGUGAAGAAGACGAUCAAAAGCAAACUAACCACACCAACAUACGGUGACUUGAACCAUCUUGUAUCUGCUACCAUGAGCGGCGUCACCACUUGUUUGAGGUUCCCUGGUCAACUGAAUGCCGAUUUGCGAAAAUUGGCUGUCAACAUGGUUCCAUUCCCACGUCUGCAUUUCUUCAUGCCUGGUUUCGCACCAUUGACCAGCCGUGGCAUCCUCAUCAAGGCGUCUUGCUGCAGUGGUGGUCACCAAUGCAAUAAUGUUUCCAAGACAUUGUACGUCAUUAAUGGUGGAUCUGCGUCAACCAGUUUUUACUCUGACAAUUUUGUGGAACUUCGAUGCUAUUAUAAUGAUAACAUAGUGUUCAACAGCGGGUAUGUGUUACCGUUCUCUAGGUUUCGAUUGCAGAACUCAUCCAACCUAUUCACUGUCGUCAUCUCCAGUAUUACAACGGGAACAAAUGGAACGUAUAGAUGUUUAGUCCUUGAGACACUUGGUCGUUACAACAUCACUAUAAAGUUAAAAUUACACGGUUGCAAGAGCCUUGAGCCAAUUAGAUCCGUACGCAUUGAAAACGUCACAGCUGACAGUUUCAUUCUAAAAUGGGAGUCGAACACCAUCAGUGACUGCGUUGGGACUAUAUUAUUUGUUGUUGAGUGUAUCACUCCGCUGCCAAGUAUUUGCAGUAAACCAAUCGAAAUUGAAGGCAGUAACUUUUCACAGAAACAGAGCCUGUCUUUUGAAAAUUUGAACCCUGGGACUGUGUACGGUUUCGUAAUCUAUGUAAGGAAUCAUGAUGCUGAAAGUGGAGGCUCGUAUAUCUUUAGCAGAACAAAAGAUAAUAAUAAUAACUACACCGUAUAUAUGCCACAGUCAUACAGGUCCACAAUAAAUGAAAAUAAUUUUACCGUAACUGAAAUUGCAUCGAUCGUACUUGCAUUCCUUGUCGGAUGCAUUACUGCUGGUUGCAUUAUUUACAUAUCAACGCAGACAGGCAUAUGCUGGAAUAACAAGGAUAAAUCGAAUAACAAUUUGGAUUCGACAAAUUACCAAACAUCAAUAACUCAUAUCCAGAACCCAGUCUUCGAACAACCACCAGGCCUACAUACACCGUGUGAAACGGUCUUAAACGAGUAUACUAGUACGACAUCCAUGUACCAUGACAUUGGCGGACAGAAGUAUGACACGACCAUCCAACGCUCUGCGGCUGCAGGUGGCUCAACGUCAAGAUGCCGAGAUGUUGAUGACGAUAAGACCUAUCACGUGAUUAAAGAUCAGAAUCUUGUCUACCAUUCGGUAUAUUAAAUACGCUGACAACCAAAAAUUAUUGAAAAUUAUAACACUUUUCAAUAUUGAAAAAAAAAAAGUUAUUUUGUCAUGAUAUCACUAUUAGAAACAUUAUAAACCUACUCGAUGACUUUCAUUAUACAAUGUAUUAUAAUUAUUGUUUCAAUUUUAGUCUGCAAUUAUUCGAAAUUUAUAUAUUUUACAUUCAUUAAUUUGUUUAGAAAAAGCAGACGAUAACCACUGAUUUCACAAUAAUUUUAUAAUAAGAACAGUUUUAGUUAAGAAUAUAACAAAGUUAUUUCGUUAUACAAUCCUCAAUUUAAUGAUAAUUAAGAUAUUUUUAGAGUUAAGCUUUCCGGCUUUCUGUGUCACGUGCUACUAUAAUUACACUAUUACACUAUUUUAUUAUGAUGGUUUCAUAGGUUCCUCGUUACUAAUGAAGCUACAGAUUGCCUUGUAAGGUGCUUCUACGUGAUAUAUUGAAUCUAAAAAAAAAAAAGCUAAAGUAGUUGUUCUCACGCCGCUAUAAUGAUUUGUAAAAGUGAAGAUAUGAUCAAAACACAACAAGGAACAUGAAACUUAAAAUCUCAACAAUGCGCUGACCUCUGCAUUUGUUGUUUCGAAAAUCACUGAAAGUGUUAAUAAAAUGAAUGCUAAUCAAAUUGUAUGUAUUAAUCAUUAAACAUUUACAAGGUGUUCAUGCUUACUUAUCAAGAG